AGCGACGAGGACGUCCAGUUUGACAUAUGUCAGCUCCUUUCUUCCCCAUCCAUCAGCUGAAAGAGACCAGCACAGGAUAGUGCAGUGCAGUGACACUGCCAUGGUGUUGGAAUGAGUGUAUCAGUAACCGCUCUGGUGAGGGUCCCGGUAGAUCUGAGGGCAGUGGUAGCUCGGUGGUUAAAACGAUGGACUGUGGGAUAGAAGGUCAAAUCCCAGUACUGCCAAGCUGCCACUGCUGCACCCUUGAGGAAGGCGUUCAACUCUCAACCGCUCAGAUCUUGGCCGAUGCUGUAACUGUAAAUCCGAAGCCUAUCAUGCCACAGUGAGGCAGGAAUACUCCCAGGAGACAACAAUCAGUCCAUCAUACGCUACAUGGCUUUCAGAUUUGCUGGCUUUCAUAAUACACAGCUUGAAUCUUUUCUAUCACUUGUUUGGCGCUCUAGGGAAGUGCACUCUACGUGAUUUUUGACCUGGAGAGAUUCAAGCCUGCGUGCACCUGAUCCCCAAAUCCCACAAAAAAUGAGGAGGUUAUACGCAGCUAUAAGGAAACCUGUCUGCCCAAUGUUGAUAUGUUAACACUCUAUUUGUGCUGUGUAAUGUACAGAAGUAUUGCUAUACAUAAAGAAAAUAUAUUUAUAUAAUUGUAAUGCAUGCAAUAUAUAUUUGAGCCCUUCCAAAAUUUUGCGAGCGCAGAAAUUAGCCCCAAAUCAAGCAAACGGCGCAACAUUCGGAGGAGCUUGUGAUAUUUUUCAAAAUUACCACAGAUUUACAGCAGAUUUGGGCCAAGACACGUUAGGUGACGUCAUCACAAUGCACAUUCAGCCAAAGCCCUCUUCCUUUCAUGCACGUUGAACAUGGGUACAGCUAAUUUACCAACAAACGUCACUGCAAAAGUUGCAAAUUUGCCCAUUCAAGUAGUUUUCUGCAACAAAAAAACCCCUCAGCAAAUUCUGUAAAAAAGCUGCAGCAAAAUCAAGCACUUUUGGCCGCAACAAUCACAAAAAACAGCAAAAUCCUAGUAUUUUUAAAAAUUCAGUUGUUCUUAAGUGGCAAUUUUGAAUACAAGCCACUGAGCAUCUCUCACAGGUAUAACUAGGGGUGGGAAAAAUUAUAGAGAAACUCUUUGGGUAUUCUUUGUCUAAGCUUACUCAAUUAAAAGUAGAUGUAUGGAGGCAGAAAAGGAAGUGAUUCAAAGUGGAAAAUAAUCUACAUUUAAACAUACUUAAGUAAAGGGUAUAAAAUAAAUAUAUUUUUAACUGUUAAAGAGAGUGUGAUCCUACAUGACUAAGUAGUUUGCUACUAGUUUGAUAGUAACUCUAUUGAAAAAAAAAACAUCUUACUAAGAAAAAAAUUGGAAAAAGGAUAGAAAAAAGAAAAAGCACACAGUGUUAGAGAUUUGUAAUGAGUAUGCUGACGGACAAAAAAAUAAGGAGUAAAAAUAAUAUUUUUAUAGUAGAAAAAGUGCUCAAUUUCACUUGAACUCAAUUAAAAGUUGAGUAAAGUACAAAUUUCCAAAUAAAUACUUAAAUAUCGUAAUGAAGUACAAUUACUCAAGUAUUUUUCCACUCCUGAGUAAAACCGACCUGAUGCAGACCUGAUGACCUGGGGAAACACUGAAAACACACGCAAACAUACAUAAACCUACAGAAAUCCUCCAUAACCUAAUCCACAACAACAAACUCUGAGUUCUUAUUUAUGAGAUAUGUCAUUGCAUUUGCAAUAGUUUAGAGCAGAAACUGAUGUGUGUAACUUCAUAACACAUAUGACUUACAUAAGAGCUGUACAAUAUAAAACUCACAAUAGUUGUUGUAAAUGUUUUCCUCAUAAUCUUGCUGUGAAACUCCACAGAGGUGGGGAAUAACAUGUUUCAUGCUGAUAAGCAUGGCCCUUCCCUGCCCUGCUCAUAACUGUGCGGUGAAGAUGUAGCAUCAGUCGAUGCAUUUGUAAUAACAUAAUAUGAAUGUAGCAGAAGCCAAAAUGGAUUCAGAACAAAGAGACAUUGCUGGUUUGAUAGCUAAAUUUAUCGCUGCAGCUUCCGACUCGGAUAAUAACUGUGAGGUGUUGAUGGCAGGAAGACAGUAUCCGUCCAUUCAGGAGUUUGCCUCUGCCAUCCCUAACCACCUGCUCCUGGGGUCUCUGCUCGAACACUUGUGCUUUGUGUAUGAGAGAGACCCUGCACAAUCCCGCAUGUUGUUUAAGUUGAUUGGUCAGCGACUAGCUGCAAUGAACCUCCUCUCUCCCCUGGCCAUCAGUGACGAGUUCAGCACAGUGAGACUGCAGCACAGUCGGGCCUUUGCUGAGCUCCUGAGUGCAGCCAGCUCAUCACUGUUUCCUCAGGAUCAAAAAUACCUAAAUUCUGAUGGCCAAAACCCUGUGCUAAGAACAAAAGAUGGUCUUUUCCAAACCUCUCGCUACCUCAGUGAAUUUGAGGAAAUCUCACCACUAGGCAGAGGAUCAUACGGAAAAGUCUUUAAGGUGAAAAACAAGUUGGAUGGACAGAAUUAUGCUGUAAAAAAGAUCCUGAUCAAGAAUGUGACGAGGAACGACUGUAUGAAGGUCUUACGGGAGGUUAAAGUUCUGUCCAGUCUUCAGCAUCUGAACAUUGUUGGAUAUCACACUGCAUGGAUGGAGCAUGUGCAGCCUGCUGUGAAGAAUUGUACACCUACUUUUUUGCCUGCCAUAUCAGCUUUAGAAACACCAUCACAAACAGAAAGACUUGUUGAGGAUAGCAAAAGUAGCACCAGUGGAUCAUUCAUUGUUUUUGAAAACACUGAAUGUUCAAAGGACAGAAAAGGACAAUCUACAAACGUGCUAAAGAAUAGCUCAAAUAAUAUUCUAAGAUCUACAAUGGUAAAAGAACAGAGGAGUCAGGUUCUGUCCACAAAAAAUGUGCACAACGCACAGAACUUUGUCCCAUGUGUGUUCCUGGGAGAGCCGCGCUCUUUUGGGGAGACCUGCCCUGCGCUUCGGUGGGAAAGUUCAACACUGUCAGAUGAGUCAUAUGUUGAUAUGAGCAGUCAGAAGUGGGCUGAAAAACAUCCAAAGGAGGUUCAGUUCCACUUAAUGCUUUACAUCCAAAUGCAGCUCUGUGAGCGUUCAUUGAAAGACUGGAUUCAGGAAAGGAACUCUACACCGAAGCUAGAACUCACAAUGUCAACAGUUUCUUUAUUUGCAGGUUCCUUUCAAUCAUUUGACUCUCGACAAGCAUCUGAUAUCUUAAAGAAAAUACUUGAAGGGGUGGAGUAUAUUCACUCCUGUGGAAUUAUGCACAGAGACCUUAAGCCAAGGAAUAUUUUUCUGCAUGGGCAUGAGUGCCAUGUAAAAAUAGGUGACUUUGGAUUGGCUUGUACGGAUAUUGUGAUGAAUGAAAACGAACAGCCACCAUCCAGUUCUCAUAUCAGUGGAAACGCAGAGUUCUCUCACACUAGGGGAGUGGGCACAUUUGUUUAUGCUUCUCCAGAACAACUGCAAGGCUCUUCUUAUGACUUAAAGUCAGAUAUGUAUAGUGUCGGAGUGAUCGCCGUCGAGUUGUUCCAGCCAUUUGGGACAGAGAUGGAACGUGUGCAAACACUCGGAGACCUGAGAAAUGGGAAAGUUCCAGAGGACCUGUAUAAGAACUGGCCAGUCCUGACCGAGCAAAUUAAGCUGCUGACCAGCAUGGACCCCUCACUGCGACCAAGUGCAUCCCAACUACUACAAAAUGACUUCUUUAACAACAAAGACACGGUAAUCUACACUUUACAACAGAGGAUUUCUGAGCAAGAAGAGGAAAUCAUUCAACUCAGAAGACAGAUCAGUGAGCUACAAACCUCACAAAAUGGACCAGAGAAUGCAUCACUAUAAUAACUACUGACUGUUCUCUACCAAGUGAGGCUUUGACAUAAUGUGUAUAGCUUUCCUUUAUUUAUUUUUGUGACAUAUUCCUAUGUAUGAAGCCAACUUUGCCAGGGUGUAUAAAGACAAAUAAAUUAAUAGAUAAACAUUCAGAAGAAUAUUAGACAGACUCAGAAACAUGUGGAUAUCUCGGCACAAUGUCAUGUUUUUCUUUUGUUUAUAAAUCACUAAAGCAUUUUAUAUUUCUGCAAUGGA